CGUAAUGUUAGGUGAUAAGCUUUAAUUUUAGCCAAUAGAAAUUUAAAGCAGACUUUAGGGCUUAAAGAACCUUUCACUUUUCAACUUGGGGAAAGAAAUGAGUAUUGUCCUGCGUGGUAGCCGAGGGUGAUGGCCGAGACAGUUUCAGGCAGUAACAGCGGGGCCGAAGCGAGCGCCACCCCUGAAUUCAAACAGCCCGCUAAAAGGCGGCGCAUCCUCGACCCGUCGGCCGUGGUGACGGUGCCCAUUUACUCCAACAAGGUGAACAGCUGCCUGAAGUUAAACCCAUCUAUCCCCAUUCACACCUCAGAGAGCGAUGGUGCAGUAGAGCUGAACCUCUGGCCUGGGUCACAGUCCCCCCCCACCAGCAAGAAAGUCAAGCCAGUCUGCAUCGACCUUUCAGAUUCGGAGGAAGAGUCUGAAGCUAUUGCACAGCUUGGACAUUUUCGGUCUCCAUCUCCACCCUCCCCACCCCUGAGUCCUGUGGUCAAAGCCAGCACCCGAGCGAGUUGUAAGAUUCGAGAGAUCAAUAGGAAACUUAACGCUUUGGACUCGCUGUUCUUGCCUGGUGACUUGGGUGAGACAAGCUCCGAUCGAGGCAAGCUCAGCGACAGCGACGAUGACGACAUCAUUGUGGUGUCUGACCGGCUUUCGGCACCGGCCCAAUGUGAGAAACCCAGGGAGAUAUCACUCAAGAUCCGUUACCGUGCCGAUGUGCACAAGGUCCCCAUUCGUUCGACGAGUCCCCUGAGGACAGCAGUGAGCCAGAUGUCCGUCAAAUUGAGUGUCCCGCCCCAGCGUAUCCUGUUGCUAAGGAACGACACAGAGCUUCCUGUUGAGAGCACGCCCAGUGCGCUGGGCUUGGGAAUUGCUGACAUCAUCGACUGCGUGAUGCUGCAUGAUGAGGUGGACACAGCAAAGAGCGGUGACAUCAUCACCCUGCGCCUGCAGGGCAAAGACAAGGGUUCCAGCCAAGACUUCUCCAUCCAUAAGGAGGCCCCCCUUGGUUCUAUCCUCUCCCAGUACCUUUCACAAAUGGCUGCCAACUCUCAGAGGAAAGUCCACUUCCUGUUUGACGGCUCUAAGGUGGUUCCCAGCCAGACGCCCGCGCAGCUGGACAUGGAGGAUGGUGAUGUCAUUGAGGUGUGGGCCUGACGGCAGCAGUCAGACGUGGCGUAUCUCAGGUCUAUCCCAUCACGCUGACGCAGAGCCACAGUGUUAAUGCAUAAGCUGCACGUCACCCACCUACUGAUGUUACUAAUGCAUUUGUUUGUGUAUAUGAAUCUCAGAAAAUUUUAAUUUCUUUGUCUUUGAAGGGGAGGUAUAAUGACAUUUGGAAUAAAAAAAAAAACUAUGGAUAAUUGAAGUUUAAU